AUAAAUAAUGUGGUUUAUCCGAUCGGCGAUGACUUUUGCUCCGUCACACUAGUCUUUCUGCUCAGCCCUUUAACGAACCCAUUGUUUAAAACAACGAUGUUUGGUUGGCUAACCGCCGUAUCGGUGUUGUUAAUACAGGUGUCAUACGCUGUGCAUCUGUUGGACAGGGAUGUAAUCAAGACACUCGGGAACUUACAACUGCCAGUUGACAUACUCUAUCAACGUAUGCACAAAGCCGUGAAAUUGAAUGAGUCGCUGAACCGGGUGUUUGGCGUAUUUCCGUUCCUAAUGUUCAGCGAGUUGUUUCUGACCACAUGUUUACGCCUAACGCAUAUCACUGUCUAUAAAGAUGCGAUCAAAACGCAGUUAUAUAAUGUCGUUCAGGGAUUGUCUGAAUUCAUACAGAUUUUGUUUAUGGAUUUCUUGUAUGUGUUUGUCGUCGACUAUUGGCAGUCUUGUCGGCCGACAGUCAAUGAUAUGCUCUACCGGUUGAGCCAAACGGGCCGUCGGUUCAGCGCCCGCGACGCCCGCACUCACCACCUGUUGGCCGAGCAGUUAGUGUACGGCUAUUGUGACUGUAAAUACCGUGCGUUUGUAGCGGUGGUUUUCAUACUAUCGCCAAUAGUGUUAACAAUAGUCCUAUUGUGGCAAAAGUGGACGUUUUGGAAACGACAGGGAAUACCGACCGACUGGUCGGCCAGAAGUGGUCGACCCUUUCAUAUCGCAGACAAUGAGUGCCACAAAAAACACGGAAAAGUUGUCGGUUUUUACGAGGGUUUGAGGCCGUGUCUAUCGAUAACUGACCCCGAGCUUAUACGAAAAGUAUUGGUCACUAAUUUUCACCAUUUCCCAAACCAUAGGGAACUUACCUUGGACUCCGAGCCAAUGAGCAAAGGGCUAUUUUUAUCACGUUAUCCGCUAUGGAAACGUAUGCGCGCACUUCACGCGACCUCAUUCACCACCGGACGCAUCAAAGCUAUGCUACCGAUAAUGUCGGACACGUUUGAACGGUUGGCCACUCUAUUGGACCCGAAAGCCCGCGACAGCCAAGUGGUAGACUUCCGAACAGUUUACGACUCGUUCACGUUUGACGUGAUUACUAGAGCUGUGGCCGGUGCCGACGCAAACGCCCUCGAUCACCCCGAUGAUAACCCACUGUUCACCUCGGUGAUCACAAUGUUUCAAAAUGACCAAGGUGUGCGCGAUUGGUUGGUGUUUUAUAUGCCGUUUUUGCGCCGUUUCGUUGACAUACCUUUCUUUGACCCGAAAAAAAUGCAAGUAAUCAGCGAUACUGUGGAUCACGUGAUCAGCGAACGGGUGGCCAACGACGCACAGGUGCCCGACUUUUUACAGCACUCGGUAAACGCCAGCGUAUGGGCCGACACAUACCCGACCCCUCCUGUAAACGUUAAUAAGGCUUUCGAUAAAUUGACCAAGGAUGAGGUAAUUGGUCAGGCGAUUAACAUGUUGGGCGCCGGCCACGAGACCACUGCGUCCCAGUUGUGUCUAAUCACACGCAUUCUUGCGCUCAAACCGUGGUAUCAAACAAAACUGGUUCACGAGAUUCAUAACACACUGUAUACUAAGGAUACCAACGAGUUAUCUAUGGAUUACGAAAAGUUGCAAAAAAUGCCACUUUUGGACGCAUUUAUCAAAGAGGUUAUGAGACUUAACUGUUCGGUCAGUCGAGUCGACAGAAUGCUUACGAAAGAUAUGUAUUUAGAGGGUAUUUAUCUGCCAAAAGGCACGUCUAUUGUAAUACCGAUUUGGGCGCUGCAUUUAGACCCUGAUCACUUUGCCGACCCCGAUGAGUUUAAGCCGGAACGAUUCCUACAGGAAAAUCUAGAUGAUAUCAAACCAUAUACAUACCUACCCUUCUCAUGGCCAGGCGCGUUAACG